AUGAGCCGGAAACUGUUAUUAGCAGAUGAAUUUUCGGUCUAUUCCACGAAACCUUCAAUUUCUAGCGAUUUUAAUAACCUUUUCGGAUUGGCCUCCUUCCUCCACCAAGGAUCCGACGAUCGCGAGGCCCGGUAUUCAAGUCUCAGCGUCAGGAGCGGAACCGUCGUGCCAGACUUGAGCGAUGUGGAAUGGGUACGUGGAGCU